UGCAAAAGAAUAGAAUCCUCUCGUUCUCUUUUGUACUCUACCGGGUCUCUUCGUUAUUGAUAUUUUCAGAAAAAAUUCUUCCAGAUAUCAUCCGAAAAUGGCUGCAAAGGCUGUAUGUGUGCUGAAUGGAGAAGUUGUGAAGGGGACGGUCUUCUUUGAGCAGACAGGUGAAGGUGCGCCGGUUAAAGUUUCUGGUGAGGUCACAGGACUAACAAAGGGAUUGCAUGGAUUCCAUGUCCAUGAAUUUGGAGACAAUACCAAUGGGUGCAUCAGUGCUGGACCUCAUUUCAACCCUCACGGCAAAACGCAUGGUGGACCGACUGACGAAGAGCGUCAUGUUGGUGACCUGGGAAACCUGGAUGCUGGUGAUGAUGGCAAGGCUGCCAUUAACCUGACAGACAGUCUGAUUUCUCUCUCUGGAGCCCACAGCAUCAUUGGCAGAACUGUUGUUGUUCACGCCGAUCCUGAUGACCUCGGCAAGGGAGGCCACGAGCUCAGCCCAACCACCGGCAAUGCGGGCGCCCGAGUUGCUUGCGGCGUCAUUGGCAUUGCUAAAGUGUAAAUUUCUUGCCAAUGAUGCCCUGUGUAACCGGCAAUGAUACAAGGUUUUUAUCUGUUGCAGAGCAACAUUGGGCCCAAGUAAAAUUUGAUGAUUUUAUCUCUGUACCAUUCCCAAGUGCUUAGGCUCUGGCAGUUAAUGCCUUUUCAUUUCUUUAUCAUUUAUAUCAUACUGGAACAUAAAAUUAUUCUUGUGCUGAAAUAAAGAUGAAAAGGAAA